AGUACGCAGUGCUGGGGCUUGCACAUGCGCUGCGGAUACUUCGCGUACCACCCAGCCGAGUUGUCAUUAUUAUUUUAGCAAAAUAUACAGAAUAUUUAUAAAUAAUACGAACUUUUUUCAGUGUUAAGAGAUAAAGUUAACCAAUACAAACUAGGGUUUAUAAUUGUGCGUUAUUUAGUGAGGUUACGAAUAGGUGCUGUGUGUAUUUAGUGGUUUACGUACCUACUGUGGCAUUAUUUAGUGAAAAUUUAACAUAAAUAAGGACAAGGCACACACUGAAAUCUAUACCUACAAUGAAAUUCUACAGUCCCCACUUCCUAGAAGAGAUGUACAAGAAGACACCGUGAAAGGCACUCGGGCUAUGCUUUUAUUUACCUAUCACGCCCAAUGGCUAAGAUUCGGCGGGAUAAAGUAUGGCGCUGGCGCUGCCAGUGGAGCGUAGUGUCGCUGGUGGCGGUCGCGCUGGUGGUGUACAACGCCGCCGCCAACAUGUGGCUGCUGAGCCCGGCGCCGUGCGUCGGCCGCAGCACCACGCCGCCCGCCGACCUCGCCACGUGCGAGCCCUGCGCCGACACCGCCGCGCUGCCCGUGGACGACGACCCCAUUGCGCGCCUGGACCUGCGCCUGGGCCGCUGGGACGGCUCCAGGUCGUACCGGAUGUUCGAUUAUGCAACAGUCGGUGAUAUGUACGCGGAGAUAUCAGCCAAUCACCGCGUCUGCCUAGCCACCCAGAGCUCCAUAGAAAGGCUGCACGAACUUCUUAGGAUAGCGGCCCAUUGGUCUGGACCGAUCUCCGUCGCGGUAUUCGUGGCAGGAGAUGAGCUGAGGCUGUUGCGAGCAUUCGUGACUUGGCUGUCACGGUGCCGGCCAGAAGUUUACGCGAGAAUGGCCCUGCAUGUAGCUACGCCGGUAGAGAGGCCCGGCUUACAUGGGAGCAUGCCAAUAUGGGCGAGGAACUGCAAAGUGUCUCCUCUGCCGUUGAGAGACAGAAGAGCCGAUACAGUCGCUUGGCGUGCGCGCCAUCCCUACCCACAGAACCAUUUGCGAAACUUAGCGAGAAGAAACUGCCAUACGCCUUAUGUGUUCCUGGUAGAUGUGGACAUAGUUCCGUCUGCAGGGAUGGCGGACGCGUUAGAUAACUUCUUGGCCAAGACGCCAAAAUGUCCUCUGUGCGCAUACGUGGUGCCCACGUAUGAGCUCGACAAGCGAGUGGCGACGUUCCCCGCAAAUAAGUCAGAGCUGUUGAGAUUGUCGAGAAAUAAAUUGGCAAUACCGUUUCAUAUGAAGGUGUUUAUUUACAACCAGUACGCUUCAAACUUUACAAGAUGGGAAUCGUCAGGGGGUAAUGAAACCCUAGAGACACAUAUCAGCCAUAACGUCACCAACUUCGAGUUGCUAUACGAGCCCUUCUACGUGGCGCCCGACACCGUGCCGGCUCAUGAUGAGAGGUUCCUGGGCUACGGCUUCACCAGGAACAGUCAGGUGUACGAGAUGUUCCUCAUGGGUUUCCAGUUCAAGGUGCUGUCGCCCAUCUUCACCAUCCACUGGGGGCUGCAGGCGCGGCGCACGCGGCCUCUGUGGCGGGAGAAACAGAACGAGAAGAACAGAAAGCACUUCGAGACCUUCAAACGCGAGCUGUACGCGAGAUACAGGCGGGACCCGCUGCACCUACUGAGGAGGCCUCAACAGGCUAAGAAGACAUAGGCCUCGCAAGGCCGCCCAGAACUGGCCGGCCUGUUGACAACCUUUUCUAUAUUUCUACACUUCUUUUAAGCCCCGAGUGUUUCGACCAAGAGAUGUGUGUUGUGUCAGUGAGUUGGUUUUCAGCAAAUUAUACUCUCUCUCUCUAUAGUUAGCGGCGCAUACAGCUGUUGUUUGUAUUAAUAAUUUAAGAGAUGAAGAAGAAUAAUAAGAAACAUAUAAAAUAUAACUUAUAACUAAUACAAACAAAAAAUGUAAAUAAUAUAACAAAAAAAGUAAAAUUUUUAGACACGCAAAGACGGCCUUAAGACGGUCUUAUAAAUGACAUACCUAAAAAAAAUUAACAAAAAAUUGUAACUUAAGACAUAUUUACUUAAGCAUAAUAUCCAUUCUAAUAUAAAUUAAUAAAAUUAAAAUAGUUGUUAUAAACUUACCUACCAUCAUUAUUAUAGAAUUAUAAACAUAAGGCAAUCAGGGAAAAUCAUGGAAUUAGGAUAUUUAUCAUAUUUUUAAAGUCGAAAAGUUCAACAGCUUGUGUGGCAGUAUUUCCUUCGUCGUUUAAGAUACGUCUUGCACCUCCAACUUUGCAGUUAUGUGCUUUUUAAGAAAUUAAAUAAUUAAAUAUCACGUGUCUCAAACGGUAAAGGAAAAACCAUCGUGAGGAAACCUUCACGUCUGAGAAUUUUCGUAAUUCUUUACGCGUGCGAAGUUUGCCAAUCCGUAUGCGGCCAGCGUGAUGGACUAAGGCCUCACCCCUCUCAUUCUGAGAGGAGACUCAUGCUCAAUAGUGAACCAAAUGUAGGAUGCUAAUGAUGAUGAUGACGAUGAAAGAAACGUCUACAUAGGCGUGGAUUUAUAUAGAUAGACAAAUUAUUAUUAACGUUAACUGUAGCGAGAGAGUUUACGCAAGCGUUCUUUACUUUAUGAAAAGUGCUGUGUGUCUGACAAUCAUCCUAUAUCUAUGGUCUUCCACCUGACUUUACUCUGUGAAUUUACGUUAUCCAUGUUAAAAGUAUGUUUAAGUUUAGUUUUAGUGACGGAAUGAUGUUGUUAGUUAAAUUUUAGUGCUGUAAUGACAUUGUACCAGUAAGUCUACAGAUUAUUAUGAUAAAUACCGUGAUGUUGAUAGUUUAGUUUUUGUAAUGCAUUGAUGUUUAAUGUUUAGAGCUAAGCUAUUUGCUAUAUCUACUUAAUUGUUUAAUUUUUCUAGUGAAUUUUUUUUUGUUAUCUAUGUACCUAUAUUUGUAUUAUAUUGUUUUAAUUUUAUAAUGCAAUUAUUGUUUUGCUACUAUAUAUUUGCAAAUAUACUUCAUAUUUGAAUAUUUAGCAUCAAUUAUAGUUUAAGUUCAACUUUAAGUAGGUGUUCGUUGAUAGUACAAAUUGAAUUCACGCACAAUAUUGUCUAAUUCAUGCGAAGAGUCCAUAUCUACAAAUUAUAUGUGAAAUCAUACAAUGUUGAAGAUAUUGAGACAGAUUGACAUAUUAAUAUGUAUACCUAAUUAUCAUCACAUGCCAGUAUUCAAUUUGGUUAUCAAUCUAUAAUUGAUUUCCAAGAAAAUUAACCGAUGUAAGGCAGCCCUUACACACGUUUAAUUUAGUUAAUAACUUGUUUUAUUGUUAAGCAACUAAUCAUUUAAUACAUUUUUUGGAUUGUUAAUUUCUUUAUUAGGUAGGUAUAUCUAGUUAAAACAGCGAAGUAAAUGUAAUAUUUUACAUACACUCGUACCUAUUAUGAUAGAUUUUAAUAAAUUUAAUUCAAUAUAAAUAUAUAUAAAACAUUAUUGGGUUUGAAAAUCGGCUACAAACGUUAUAAUUUUCUCGUAACGGAUUAGCAACAAUAAUUUAUUUGUAUGGUUUAGUUGUGGUGUGACAUCAAGGCAAUACUUGUGAUUAAAUGCGCAAGUUUUUUUAGAAUUACACGAAGUUAUUUACAACUAACAAAUUUUGUAAGUUUUGUUAAUUAUUUUGAAAACUAGUACAUAGAUAUUUUAUAAACUAAUUUUCGAGUUAAAAUAAAUCUUAAAACAAUUAAUGAUUCCAUCAACCAAUUAUUAUGAAUGUAUCUUAUGUCAUAAUACAUAUUUAAAUUUUAAAUUAUGGUUUAAAUAUAUUUUUAUUUACUAACACAAAGUUAAUAUUAUCUACGAGUACUUGAUAAUAAUUAUUAAAGACUUGCAAAGACUCUGACAGGUGAGAUACCUAAAAAUAAUAGUAUAAUAUUUAGUAAAUGUUUAGUCCGUAAGUAAAUACUUAUAUAAAUACAUUCCUAAAACCUGAAUUCAUCUAAAGUGUCUAAAGUUUAUAUAACACGUAACUAAUAACUUUAUCCUGUUAUUUAACAAUCGACAGACGAACUAUUAUCAUUAUGAGUAGACACACUACCACGUCCAAACAUAAUCUAUACUAAUAUUAUAAAGCUAAAGAGUUUGUUUGUUUGUUUGUUUGAUUGAACGCGCUAAUCUCAGGAACUAAUGGUCCGAUUUGAAAAAUUCUUUCACUGUUAGAUUGCCCAUUUAUCGAAGAAGGCUAUAUAUUAUUUCCGUAUUCCUACGGGAACGGGAACCACGCGGGUGAAACCGCGCGGCGUCAGCUAGUCUGUUAUAGGUACCUCGUAAAUGUAUUAAUCACACAUUUUAUUGUUUAAAUAACAGUAAUUAACUGAACGUUUCAAAUUUAAUGCUUCAAUACUGAUUCUCGCAUACUUACUGUUUUUUUUUUAUUAUAAUAAUUUUAUUGAACAUGACUUCUUUCCUAUUCUACUUUCUCCUAAGCUAAAAACCGAAACCGAAGAUACUCAAUAGUUGCUCUUCUAAAAUAAUAACCAAUCUCUAUUUCUACAAUAAUACAUUAUUACUACAUUAAAUUAUUAAUUACUAGCGGACGCCCGCAACUUCGUCCUCUCUUAGACCUUUUUAAUCCAGCCCUUACAGUAGCAUCGCUGUAAAAAUGGAGAAAUUUCUCCUGUUUUCCCAACAUUUCGGUUCACUGCUCUGCUCCUAUUGAUCGUAGCGUGAUGAAAAGUAUACUAUAACAACUAUAACCUGAACAGGAGUAUGAAGAAUAUUGAAAACAGACAGACAAAAAAUUUUACUGAUACAUUUUUGGGAUCAGUAAGUAUCGAUCACUAAUCACCCCUGAUAGUUAUUUAGGAAAUAUAUUUCAUAUGCAGCCUUGCCUCCAAGCUAAUAAAUCUCACUACACAGACACGAUGCAAAUGAAACGGACGCAACGCAACGCGACACGACGCAUGACGCGAGCCGUUGUAAUAAACUAUAGACCACGAGACUAGGUAAUGAAAUGAAAAUCAUAAAAGUUAAGGAAAUAUAAUAGUCGCUCGCCCUCGCAAUAUUAAGUUCAUUCAGCGAUGCAUUUAAGUAAUCAGUGGCUUGUGUUCACGUUGGCUUAACUAUACUCGUAGUAUAACUUGUACAUAUGUUUUCUGUGUUAAAAUACAACUCAGUAGGUGUCUUUCGCUAGCGUUGCGUUGCGUCGCCGUCCCGUGCCACGCAGUGUCGCAUAACCUUAAGAGCAGUGUUUUUGAUUUUUUCAUCACAAACCAGUCUAGUUGUUAAAAUUAAGGUGGGUAAUAGAUAGAUAUAAUUAUAUAUCUAAUAUGGAUAAUACAUAUUUAUUAUAUUUAUGAUAAGAAUAGACAGUAUUGCAUUGUUUUGUAGGUACUUAUCUAAUAUUUUUAUUUUAUAAUUUAAUAAUUACAAUUUUAGAAUAUUUUAUUUAGUUUUUAUACAAUAUGUUAAGGCGAGUUUCGAGUAUACAAUUAAUUAUAUCAUAAUGAUUUGACACAGGUACCAUUUCCCCUAUCCUACUUACAGGUAUGUAUGUACCUACUUACCUACUAUAUUAGAACAUGUUGUCUUGUACCAAAUCCUAACAACUAAAUUGUUAGGUUACUACUAACUACCUAAAUAGUUUUAAUUGGUUUAAAUAUAAUUAUAAUAUUUCUACACGUAUUAUUGUUGUAUAUUUACAGUAUUAAUUAUUAUUUAUUUGUUACAAUAUUGCUAUAGUUAUAGGUAUAGGUAUUGUAAAAAUGUUAGGUAUGUAUGAAAAAAGCACAAUAUUCUUAUUUUGUUGUAUAGUAGAUAAACCACUGAACUAAAAAAGCAAUCUUUAUUGCUCUGUAAGAUACCUAAACAAUGUAGUUGACAAUUUGUGUAUAUAAAAUUAAAUAGCUAUGCAUA